ACACCAGGACACACCACGUUGACUAGUAGUACUACGACCGUUUACCAAUGGCCAACAACCUAAACCUUUCCUCUAUUCUAUCGCCGCUCAGGCCGAAGAGGAAGCAUCUACGGAAGUAUUCAUGGCUACCAGACGUCUUUCGCAUUAAAGGCAGCGUCAUACCACGAAUCUUUUGGCCUGUCCUUACGAAUACGAUAUUCUCAACUGUUAUUGCCUACUCUUGGUCAAAAGGUUAUCGAAUCGCCUUGACGAACUCGGUCGUUCCAUUGCUAUCGGUAGUGGUCGGACUAAUCCUCGUCUUUAGGUACAGUUGAAGUGAUCGCCUCAAACGUUAAUGGCGGGUCGCUAAUGGUAUGAUACUUGUCUCACUGCAGGAACAGCUCUUCUUAUGACCGGUGGUGGGAUGGUAGGAAAUCGUUCUCCAGCUUGACCUCCAGUAUCCGAAACAUAUCCCGUCUUGUCUGGGUCAACGUUGCUCCCCCACCUGCGGACCAGCUCGCGAACAUGAAGGAAAAUAAUCCCCCACUUCUGACUUCUCAGAUUCGUCUCAUGAAGAUAAAUUUUCUUCAUCUUUGUUUAUCUUUCGCCGUUGCCGUAAAACAUUACGUCCGGGAUGAAGAUGGUUUACAUUGGGAAGACUAUAACGGGAUACUACCUUCUGGUUUUGCCCGGUUCGAUGUCGUCGGGAACCUUGUCACAAAAACCCAGCUUUCGUCCAGUUAUCAGGCAACAGUAAGUUCCGACGUAAGCGAUACUGGUACACAGAGCGCACGAAAUAACGCCACCAAACGAGUGCGUCCGAAACGCAGCAAGACCAAAGUUUCUGGAGCAACUAUACCUUUAUUGUCAGAAUCCCAUCGGACAGUGGAAUUUCAUGCUUUCUCGGAACACGCCUCUUUACCUCUACCGCUGCUGAUUGCUCAUGAGCUGACGCGUAUUCUGUUCUGGUUCAGGCGUGAGGGUCUCCUGGAAACGGUGGGCCCUGCCGGUACGAAUGCGAUGAAUCAAAUCAUCCAAAGCAUGGUCGAUCAGAUGACAUCGAUGGAACGGGUUGCAAACACACCUAUCCCAAGUUCAUAUGGAAUUCAUCUGAAGCAAUGUGUUACCCUUUAUCUGUUUGCUCUGCCAUUGACUCUGGUGAACACUCUUGGUUGGAUGACGAUUCCCAUUGUAUCCGUAGUAGCUUUCACCUUGGUGGGCAUAGAAGGCAUUGCGGAUGAAAUUGAAAUGCCAUUCGGAAACGAUCCAUCCGAUUUACCUCUCGACCGUUAUUGCGAGGAUCUCAAGGAAGAAAUAUUAUACAUCAUUGCAAGGCUUCCUGAGAGCGGAGAGGGUAUGUUUGGGUACGACGACGGAGAAGGAGAUGAUUGA